AUGGAUGCACAUGAUGAAAAUAUUCGACGAUGUCAAAUCGAUGAAUUGAUAGCGUUUAUUAGAGAGUGCACAUACAUUUCAUAUGCAAAAAGAAAACACACCAGUUCACAUCAACAUAAUUUGACAAAACAUAAUAUUGUUCUUGCUGGAGAUUUUAACAUUGACAGUUUAGUGGAUGUAGAAAUUUAUGAGUAUUUACUGAAUGAGCUCAACUCAAAAAUUUGUAAAAACUACAUCCAAGAAUGUGAAUUCAGAGACAUUUUUGGAAGCGACCUCACAAAACAUCCUAAAACUCACAAGAAUAUGUGUUUGGAUCACAUAAUAUAUACUGUUCCUUGCCAUUCUAACGACUUGAUUUUCAAUCCAUUUGCCACAAGAGGUCGCAACAAGUCUUCAAGAGAGCCAAACACUCACCCACAAACGUAUCAUAUUGUCGAUUGGAAUUGUGAUAUUGGCAACGAUGAAAAGUAUCCCAUAUCGGACCACUUUGGAAUUGCUGCUGACCUUCGAUUGUGA